AUGCUGUCCAGCUCUUCAGCUUCCAGAGCGAAUCACUCGCAUGCUCGGCACCUCCUGCGCCCGUUGAUUCCUGGCCCAGGUGCAUCGCGACCGUCUCGCGGAGCUGCAGGCUGGAUCGCGCCAAAGCAAAAACGAAGUUUGUCUCAACAACCAUACCUCUUGGCUACAUCCACACCCCUUGCGACCAGCAAAAGCUGUACCCACAAUUCCCUGUCGAGAUGGACGACAAGACACAGGUUAUCGUCCUCUGCAGCAGCACCCAAUCCCCAAUCGCCCGAGCCCAGCGCGCUCGACACCGUCAAUACCUUAAUCGAGCGCAUUAAAGAAAACGAAGACGCCAUGGUGCAACUUAUGGACGAAUUGGAUUUGAUGCAAGACCCCGAUAGCAUCGACGAACUGGAAGAUCUCUCCAACGAAGGAAGUUCAUACACCCUCGAGGCCUGGGUCGAAAUGGUUCGUCAGCAAUUUGGGGAGACAAUUCCAGAUGGCGCACUGAAUGAGGAGGAGCUACAGUUGUAUACAUCAUUAUAUGGAGAGCCCACGAUCCAGGAAAUACCGGAUGAAAUGGUCGCGGGGGAAGACGAGAGAGACCCCGAUCGUUUGUUCCGUGAGGAUGGGCAGGGCGGCUGGGAGGAGAUCGAGUUUGAGCAAAAUGAGGAAUCUCACGAUGAUGCUCCCAUUGUGUACGAUAUGGAGGCUGACCCGGCAGUGGAGGAAACCAUCGCCAUGCAGCGCACUCGAGAAGUUGCUGAGCAACUGGGCGGGGAGAUCCUGAUGGAACAGUUUGUGAACGAAGCUGUCCCAGAAUCCGCACCUCGUUCUCAUCCGCUGACCCGGAUGGGUAAAUUUGAAACAGAACCUGGCACUAUCAAUCUGCCAAAGAGGACCGUCACGGGCCCUAUCUCCAUCAUUCUCUCCGAGUUCUCCAACAAGCAUAUUGCCGACGCUGCUCAUCGCCUAUUUGGUGGACUGGGUUUACCUCAUUCGACUACGACUCCUCCUGCUCGAGCACAAUUACCACAACUUCCCAUCCCACUCAGUGCAUCCCAGCAUCACAUGGGAGAGAUGGAAGCCAAUGCUUAUGUUGCAGCUCUUUACCCCGGCAUCUACGCAUCUGUUCUUAGUGUCCUUGUUGAGGUACGGAAACGAAUGGGAACCGAUUGGAUCCGUGGACUGAUCUCCCAAGAAAAUGGUCCGAAUGUCCUCGAUGCUAGUGGUGGCGGUGCCAGCAUCUUGGCCUGGAGAGACAUCAUACGUGCGGAAUGGGAGGUGAUGGUCCCCGACCACCCUGAAGGCGCACCGAUUCCCUACGGUCGAUCGACUGUGUUAACUGGCUCCGAAGCACUCCGCCUGCGUGCCAGCGCAAUGCUCGACAAUACUAGCUUUCUUCCUCGCCUUCCAGACUAUGUUCAUGUGCGCGAGAAGCCUACGCUAGAAGAUUCGCGUUCAGCACCCAAACGAAAGCAGUAUGAUGUCGUUAUUGCACCGCAUUCUCUUCUUGGGUUUGAUGAGGAUUACCAGCGCAAGGAGUACGUGGAGAACCUAUGGCAGCUUCUUAAUCCUGACGGAGGUGUCCUCAUUCUGCUUGAGAAGGGCCGCCAGAGGGGUUUUGAAUGUAUAGCCGGUGCUCGUGAGAUGCUACUGAAGCGCCACAUCGCGAGCCCCGACUCGAUAGAAUAUGAGAAUUUCCUCGAAUCUCCCGAGAACAGCCAAACCGUGGAGAAGGAGGCUGGUAUGAUUAUAGCGCCCUGCACCAAUCACUCGACAUGUCCCAUGCACAACUCUGCAGGACCCACAAAGGGCCGAAAAGACUACUGUCACUUCGAGCAGCGAUAUAUUCGGCCUCCAUUCCUGCAGCGGAUCAUGGGGGCCAAAGAUCGCAAUCACGAAGAUAUCAAAUUCAGCUACCUCGCCGUGCAGCGGGGCAAGGACCUUCGCCAAGAGCAAGGUAUCCAGCAGAAUUCUGAGGCGACGGAUGCUGCUUUCGAGGGAUUCGAGCAUCUCGAAGAACCUACAGGGGAUUUCCAUCCGCUAUCUCUCCCACGUGCAGUCUACCCGCCUCUCAAGCGUCGGGGUCAUGUCAUUUUCGACCUGUGUACACCGGCUGGGAAGAUCGAGCGCUGGACGGUCCCCCGCUCUUACAGCCGCCAAGCGUAUCGGGAUGCGCGCAAGUCCAACUGGGGUGAUCUAUGGGCUUUAGGUGCUAAAACCCGUAUCCCUCGCAAGCUGAACUUGGGCGAGAAACAUGGAGAAGGCAAAAAAGAACGUCUUGCUCGGCGGGCUGCGGACAAGGCCGCCUCCCGCGAGGUAGACGAGGAAGGAGAUCUAGAGCACGAUGACGAAGCCGACGGUCUUUCGGAUAUUCCCGAUAUCCCCAAGCGGAAGAAGGGACAAAACAUUCCCAGUUGGAAGAAGCAUAACGACAAAAAGAAGCUUCGGCAGGCUUACAAGCGCCGUGCUGUUGCAGAAGAUGCAGAAUAA